AUGCAAACGCAGAGAAUGAAAUUAUUUGGUUUCAUCUUCGUACUCGUUUUACUAAAUAUUAACAUAUCGAAUGGCAUUGGUGGAGGACAUUCGUUCACUUAUAAAACGAUCACAUCCUUCGUCGAUACAAGUAUUGGUUCAGAUGUAUUUUUUGAAAUUAUAUAUCCACCAGAAUUGGAGUAUACAUACAAAUUAAGACCUGCUAAAGAUUUUGGUGCACCUUUCAAUGCAAGCUUUUUGGAGGAAGGAAUUCCUUUAGUUCCAACUGAUCCUCCUCAUGGUUGCCAGAUAGCCAAAAAUGCCAAAGAAUUAAAAGGCAGAAUUGCAUUGGUUGAAAGAGGGGACUGUAGUUUCUUUGCUAAAAGUAUAAUGGCAGAAGAAGCUGGGGCAAAAGCUGUAAUUAUAGCAGAUUACCACGCAUCUUCUCUUGAAGAAUCAAUAAUCAGUCCAAUAUGGACUGACCAUUACUAUGUAGAUAUGAUACGCGACGAUACUAUCUCGCCGUCAAAGACAGUAAACAUUCCCGCUGGAUUUUUACUCGGUAAGAACGGCAAAAUGAUCCGACAAACUCUAAAACGUUUGAAUCAACCGUUUGCCUUAAUCAAUAUCCCCGUGAACUUAACUUAUACUUCUUUCGAUAAAUUGCAUCAACCACCGUGGCUGUUUUGGUGA